AUGUCGGGACGCGGGAAGCAGGGCGGCAAGGCGCGCGCCAAGGCCAAGUCGCGCUCGUCGCGGGCCGGGCUGCAGUUCCCCGUGGGCCGCGUGCACCGGCUGCUGCGCAAGGGCAACUACGCGGAGCGCGUGGGCGCCGGCGCGCCGGUGUACCUGGCGGCCGUGCUGGAGUACCUGACGGCCGAGAUCCUGGAGCUGGCGGGCAACGCGGCCCGCGACAACAAGAAGACGCGCAUCAUCCCCCGCCACCUGCAGCUGGCCAUCCGCAACGACGAGGAGCUCAACAAGCUGCUGGGCAAGGUGACGAUCGCGCAGGGCGGCGUGCUGCCCAACAUCCAGGCCGUGCUGCUGCCCAAGAAGACCGACAGCCACAAGGCUAAAGCCAAGUGAACCCGAAAGG